AGAAAGUUUGGAUGCUUUUAAUGAUUCAGGCCUUGAUCCAAAUGACAGUAUUAAUCAAGAUAUUAAAGAUGAAUUUAAAUAUUUAAUUAAACGCGCAUGGAAAGAUGAAUCAGAAAGAAUUGGAAUAAGUAUAUUAUAUUCAAGACUUUCGGAAUUAUCUUCAAUUGUUAAGAAGUCCCCUUUAUUG